AUGUGGAAUACUGACACAUUUCAAGAAGGGAAAGUAGUGCGGUAUAGCGACACUGGUCAAUACAUACAGACAAUACAACACAACAGCAAUGGUCUCGGAAUUUACAGUUUUCCUAGAUACAUCACAGAGAACUUGAAUGGAGAUAUUAUUGUGUCUGACUUUCUCCGUCGUGCCGUAGUGGUGGUAGACUAUGAAGGAAGACAUCGUUUCUCCUACACAGGUCCUGAAACAGGAGUAAUAAUAUCACCGUACGGAGUAUGUAUAGAUGCGCUGUCACACAUACUUGUUUGUGAUCAAAACUCGAACACGGUUCAGAUGAUCGACAAAGAUG